AUGACCAUUCAAACUUUCUUCGAUGUUACCUGGGAGGGUCCAGUUAUGGAUGCUCAAGGAAGACCAACCUCCAAGGUCCAAGGCAAGUUCUCCCCUCAGCUCUUACCCCUCCUACCAUUGGCAAUCGAGAGUCAUCAGCUUCAAUCACCACUUCAUCUUUGCCAUCAAUCAUUCAUCAAAUCAUUACCUCUGCGAGAGCAAUCCGGCCGCAUCACAUUCAACCUCUACGAUGACGUCGUCCCAAAGACUGCUGAGAACUUCCGUGCUCUCUGCACUGGUGAGAAGGGUUUCGGUUAUGCCAACUCUUCUUUCCACCGCAUCAUCCCUCAAUUCAUGCUUCAGGGUGGUGAUUUCACCCGUGGAAACGGUACCGGUGGUAAAUCCAUUUACGGUGAAAAGUUCGCCGAUGAGAACUUCAAGAGGACCCACACCAAGCCAGGACUUCUCUCUAUGGCCAACGCUGGACCAAAUACCAACGGUUCCCAAUUCUUCAUCACAACUGUUGUCACCAGCUGGCUCGAUGGCAAGCACGUCGUCUUCGGCGAGGUUGCUGAUGAGAGCUCCUUGAACAUCGUCAAGGCUCUCGAGGCCACUGGCUCUGGAAGUGGAAAGGUCCAAUACAACAAGAAGCCAACCAUCGUCAAGUCUGGUCAGUUGUAA